AUGAUAGUGACCGCGGCUAAUACGCGACUCAUCAGCCAAGCUGUUGAAGAAAUUAGAACUGCCACACGAUCUCUUCUUUCCAUCAAGUCUGUCGUCUCCUCUAGCCCACCAACAUCAAACAGCGAGUUAAAGGAUGAGAUCCUCGCAUGUGUGAGGGAGGAGAUUGCCAGUGUUAAAAACUUGUCUCAGCCAACAAGCCCUCUUACGCACAAGCAGCAGCAUCGAAUCACGGGCCUCCUGCACCUGCUGGGCCAACCGUCCUCCGCAGCUCCUCACCAGCGACUAAACCGGCAAUCAUAG